AUGGACGGCAAGGAAAGUCUUGGACAAAUAACCGCUGCUGUCGGGCGCAUCUGUCUGCGGUUCAAGAACGGACCCGACGCGCCGUCGCCACAAGGGCAAGUUUUUGCUAGAUGCACUUUCGUCGGCCGAGGCGAAACAUUCUUCGUACCAACUCCGCCCGCCGCCGACAGUCAGGCACCUCCGUUAGUAGACAAAGCAAUCGGGUCACCACAAACGCUGCCGUCAUCGGUGCAGUCGGAGCCUGUCGACAUCACCGAAGCCGUUAAUUCGCAGAUCGACCAAGACGAAGACAAUGUUGGCAAUGACAACGUGUCUAACGUUGUCGUAGCUGACCUGGGCUUCAGCUUGGACACAGCCAAAUUUGACUUGGUGGAAGAUACCCUGUCUAAGAUCGAUGCUACCGUUAUCAAAAUCGAGUUGUGUCUUCGCCACGGUGGCACCGGUGGCGGCGGAAGUACCGGGGCCGAGGUGGAGACCGCGGUCAUCGGUACGGCUUCCGUUCGAGUGGCCGCCAUCCUUAGUGGCGAGAACGAGUGGACGAACGAACUGGCCCUUGGCACAUACACCACUUCGCCACCACCCGAUGCAGAAAACUUGAAAGAGGUUGUGGCGGAAGAGAGUAAGGAACCGGGCUUGACGGACGAUGCAGCAAUACAAGAUGCAUCAUCCGGGCUGCUCGAGUUAGGAGGCUCUACCUCGACAAUACGAGUGACGCUGUUGGCCAACGACGACACGGCCGACUACACAGUCGGAGCCGGGUCUCUGUGGAUGGAUGGAGCCGAAGUAACUGGCGUGCCAGAGGGUUGGAAAGUGGUGCCUCCUCCAGAGACCGAGCGCCCCGCCUGGAACGAUGCCAUCGCCCAGGCACUAUCAGGUCAACCACGGCACGAGUUUUCCAUCUGGUGGGGUGCAGACCCAGUCGGAGCGCCAGGCGACAACCUGGAAGAGGAGGAAACCAUCAAGGAAUUCCCAGCCAUGAGACUCGACGGGGGGGUCUUGAGCUACGUUCCUGACGAGGAGUCGGUCAACGUGGACUCCGUCGCAAGUGAUUCGGCAGCGGAUGAGGGAAGUCAACGCCAAGCGUCCUCUCCUGCCCCUGGAGGAGGGAACGGAGGUGGAGCAGGCAGUACCACUAGCACCGACGAAAACCCUACCCCUGCGGUCCCGCGCGACCCGCCCGCGGGAGCGUGGUCCGUUCGGUUCCCGUCUUUCCAGACAAAGAGCUCGUUCUUGCACCGCACAUCGAUUCGGGAGCUUCGGCAGGCCCUCACUACACCGAGCGGAGGUGGCCACAGACAGGAAAGAGGGCCUGAGGAUCCCGAAAAAAAUCUUCCUUCGACGACGAGCAAGCUGCACGUGAUUCUAGAGCGCCGGGAGCUCCGGUCUGAACCCUCGGCGGACGAAGGGAAGGCGGGCGGCAAGGGGGGAAAGAAGGGCGGUGGCAAGAAGCCGGCGGCAGGCAAGAAAGGGGAAGCCGCCGAGAACCCUCCGCCCCCCGUCGAAUCUCCGUGGCGAUGCCGAGCGGUCAUCGAUCUGGCUCCUUUGGCCCGACCAGCUGCCGUCAUGUCGCAUCCGGCGGUCGCUGCGGGCAGUCUUGUAGAUUCCGACGCGAGGGACUCUCCGCUUCGCGCCGAGCUCCGGGCGACGUUGGCUCUUGCACCGUCGCCAGCAGAAGAGGUACCAAUAGAAGCCACUGCGGACGACGCGGCUGGGAAGAAAGUAGAGGAAGCGAUGGCUCCAGCUGUGGCUCCUACUGCCGAAGAAGUCAAGCUCGAUGAAAGUCCCGGAGAACCAAGCGACCAACCUGUCCUCAGUGAGGCGGAAAGCCGGAUCGAGCAGAUGAAAGCCGCCGAUACAACGCUAUUCUUGACCUUUGCGCUGUCGAGGCCGCUCAUGAGGGCAACCGCAAAGCAGGAUACAACCGUGUCAGUGGGCGACGUGUUCGUCCCCAGUGACGUUGGUCCCCGCAAGCCAGCUCGGGAUGUUGACGUGGAGCUGAAACAAGAGCUGGACGAGUUCGUGCAGGCGUCGCUUGAGGAGUACGCCAAGCUGUUUCUAGAACCUGGUGCAGAUGAAGACACGCAAGAUCUGUCGGCACAGGACCGAGAGAAGCAUCUCUUCUACGCGCUCAACUCCGGCGGUCUGUACCACUCCUUCCUGGGGCGUCUUAAGCCGCGCGUGCAGAGGAUCGUUCGCAAGAGGUUUGGUGCGGUCCCGGAAGACUCCGCGGAGGCAGACGCGUUCAUAUCUGACCUGUACGUACACCUUGUUGAGGAGGCGGCCGUGGUGCUCAACCACAGAAUAAAGAACGUCGAGACCAAGGCCACUCCGUCGUACAUCACGGCCGAUGCCGACAAGUCUCUCGAGUUGAAGGUGGAACACCUAGGCAUGCUCGCAGAUGACGCAGAGGCGCGCGGCGCUCGAGAGGAGGCUACGGCGAGACACGAAGAUCGGAUUGAGGCUGCGACGGAAGCGGCAGCGGAGCUUGAAGAGUGGAGACCACUCCUAGCGCGAUCCUGGGAGAAAUACGCUCUUUUCUCUCUCCGGCGUAACCGCACCGGACAGCAUCAGCAACACACACAAGAGGCAGUGCCUAGUGCAAAGAACGGCAAUGUGAGUACCAUAGGGGACCGCGGUGGCGAGAGUCUAGACCACGCCGCACGGUGCUUGGAAGAAUGCCUCCGCGUUUACCUGCCGGGGUCGGACGAAUCCCUAGCGGCAGCGUCCGUGCUCGCGGCCGUAUCGAUGGAGCAAGGACAGCUCGACAGGGCGUGGGCGCUCAUGGAGAAGGUGCUUGAACAGCGGCUUCCCAGCCUCAAGGAAGGAGCUGAUGGGUAUGAGACGGACGAGCUAGCGGGCCUUGUCCCGCGACGAGAACAUGCCUUACGCUGCAUCCUGAGAGACCUCAUGGGCGACGCUUCCGGAGCGCGGCGCAGUCUGUUCUUGGCCGUUCAGUCGUCGAAGGGAGAAGAGGCUAGGGGUGCCAUUGGAGCCAUCGUUUCCGACGACGAACCUGGGACACCCCGGAGAACCGCCGUGCGCGUCAUGCACGACGCCUGCGCCUGGUUGCUGGAGCUCGGCUUACCGGGGAUGGCUCGACGGGCGUUCAUCGUGGCUGAGGAGAGCGAGCGGCUCGCGGUCAAGAAGGCGAAGGAACGCGGUCUAUCCGUCCGGACUCCUAGUGCCCUGCGCGAGUCUUCCCGCCGCCUCAAAUGCUACCUCAUCCUAGCCGACGCAGCAACGGCAGCCAUAGCUGCAGACCCGGACAACAGCAACACGAUCGCUUCUGCGGCACUUCCAGGCAAAGGAGGUUCGAGACCGAACGAAGACGCAGCAAUCCAGGCAGCGGAACCAGCGCCAGCGGCUCUCGGCAAAGCAUUCGGUGACCAAAAACAAGGAAGCGCAUCUGAGGUCAUGGCGAUGGUGUAUUGCGCGGUUGAUGCGGAGAGGCUUGCGCAGGAAGCUGUGGAGCUCUCACCGGGAGAUCCCAGGCCUUGGCAAGCCUUGGCGGAGGCUUGCGAUGCCCAAGGUCUCAUCAAAGCCACGGAGGCAGCAGACGCUUGGGCCGCGGUACUCGACCGCAUGGAAACGGCGUGGAGGACCUCUUCGGCUAGCGGGGAAGAGCCGACAUCUCCAACUCCUCCUCUGCGAGUCUACAUGCGGUUAGGGUCGUUAUACAACACUCUCGGCAGGGUCGAGGAGGCCAAGGCGUGCUUUCUUCGGGCUUGCCGAGCGUGGCGGGCUCCCGGUCCGUGGCUCGGAUGCGGAGCGGCUUGCAUGCGGCUGGAGCAGUGGCAGGAGGCCGAAGAUGCCAUGCAACACGCCUCUCGCCUGGACUGCAACUCGUCGCUGGUGUGGGGGCACCUGGCUCUGCUGUUGCUGUCCAUGGGCGAGGACAGGCUUCAGGAAGCCGACCGCGCGCUGUCACAGGCCCUCUGCCUGGGCCUCGCCGACUCGUCCCUUCUCCGCGAGAUAGGCAACUGCUACGUCGCCGCUGGCCGGUUAGAUGCGGCCGAGGAAGCGCUGCGAAAGUCCCUGGCUGCCGAUGUCAAUAGCCACGGCAACAGUGGCAACCCGCAUACACGUAGAUGCUUAGGCGACGUGCUCUCUGCCAGGAACUCUACGAGCCAGGUUCGUGCAUACCUGGUAGCUCUCAAAGUGUCUGUGGUCCAAUGCCCUCGCUGCCUUCACCCUUUGUUGGUCAAGAAGAGUGAUGUAAUCUUACUCAUCAGAUACACGCCUCUUACCGGAACUAGGCCACGAAGCACUUCGGCCAAGCAGCAACAUGCCCCUUCCAAUAAACAUCAAUCAAUGUUGGUAACUAACGAGUGGCCGAUGACCUGUCCCUGCCAGGCCGUGCAGGAGUAUCGACGAGUGCUAGAAUCUCCAUCCACCGACGUGAACGAUUCUGAACGGGAGGAAGUCUUGAUGCGUUGUGGGAAUCUCCUCCGCAAGAUGGGGAGGGGCGACGAGAUCGACCAGCUUCACCAGGAGGCGCUGUUCUCACGGCAGCAGCUCUUGGCGUGA